AUGUCCAAGCCUACCAUCGUGUUCGCUCCGGGUGCCUGGCACACACCUGACUGCUUCGACAUCACCCGCGACCAACUGCACCAGCGCGGAUGGGAAACUGAAGCUGUGGCGUACCCCUCCGUAGGAGCGGAGCCUCCUAUCAAAGGCCUUGCAGACGACGCCGCAGCGUUGCGCUCCACCUUAGAAAGACUUGUUGAUGACGGCAAAGAAAUCGUCCUUGUUGUGCACUCAUACGGGGGUUUGGUCGGGCAAAAUGCCCUCGCUGGCCUGGGCCGCAAGCAGCGGCAAGCAGUGGGUAAAGAAGGCGGGGUCAUUAUCUUUGUUUACCUCGCUGCUUUCGUUGCUCCUAAGGGAGCAAGUAUCAAGGCGAUGCUUGGCGGUCAAUUCUUGCCUUGGAUGCAAUUCGAUGGUCAGGGCAAUUACGGGUACGCCGCUACGCCCGAGAUAGUGUUCUACCACGAUCUCAGUGAGGAGGCGCAGAAGACAGCCAUUGCGAAACUCGAGCACCAAUCAGCGCGCAUUUUCACCGAUGAGGUGACCUACGAGCCAUGGCAUGAGAUCCCGUCCAUGUAUUUCUUCUGUGAGGCGGACAAAGCGCUUCCGCUAGCUAUUCAGCAGCAGAUGGCGCAAAUGCUAGGUGCGGAUGCGCCGACCUUCAAGUCAGUCGGGUCACACUCGCCUUUUCUCAGCCAACCUCAGGAGGUUGUUGAGGGUUUGGAGUAUGCUGCUAAGGUUGGCCAAAGUAAGAAGUAG